AUGUAUUUCAAUCGCUGGGGUGUUGCGGAUUGGACGUGGAGCGGAGGAGGAGGAGGAGGAGGCGCUCAGAAGACCCGACGGCGGCGCUCGGGGCGCCGACGGCUGCUGGCCCCGCGAGAGGCGAGGGCCUGGUCGCCACAGUGCGGGUUCCGCCGCGCUGCGCGUCACAUAAGAGCCCCGCUUCCGCUCUCUGAUGAUCCUCUUCCUUCCUCUUCCCUCCUCUCUCCUCUCCUCGUCUUCCUCCGCCUGCUCGCUCCUCGUCCUCCACCUGCCUUCCUCAUUAUCAUCCUGACCAGCAUCCUUCCCUCCUCAUCCUCCUCCGCGUCCUUCUUCUCCAUCGCCAGGGGCCAGCAAUACUUCUGGAUCUGGGAAGGCGCCGGGAAGCCCGCCGGGGAGGACGCAUGCUGGCCCAAUUCUUGGCGCUUCGCGUAUCCCCACCAGCCGUUUCUCCCUUCCGCUUGCGCAGUUUAG